GUCAUUGGACACGCAAAAAAGUUGUGCAUUUUAUGAAUGAUUGUGAGAGCCUGACUUCAAAGAAUGGAGGAAGCUCCGGAUGCAUUUUCUUUGAAUUGAAAAGACCCAAAAAAAAAAAAAAGAAAAAAAAUUGUGUGUACAAAGUAUUCUUAGUUAUUUAUGUAAUGUUAAUGUAAGUAAGAUGAAGGGCAAGUGGCAUGGAGAAGUUCAAAUGUGGGUUGAGAAGGCAGAACCGUUUCGUUUGGUUUGGUUUGGUAAGGUAAGGCGGCCUAAUCGGAGAAAUUGGUUAAUUCGUAAACCUAUGGACUGAAUGAAUAUAAAUACAAACCAACCAAAAAUACUACUCUUAAUAGUUUUAACCAAAAUAAAAAUAAAUUAAAUAUUAUAUUAGUAGCCAUUUAAAGGGAAAAAGUAGUACUAAAUCAGGAUAUUAUUCUGUAUUUAUUACAUUAUUAUCAUUAGCAGUUGGUUAUCAUGUAUACUCCGAGUCUGAGCAAGAAAAAUUAAAAUAAAAUUAAGGGCGGUAUAAAAUUAAGGGAGGUUUUCUUUUAUUUUUAAAAAAAAGGUGGCCGUUUUACCCGUACGGUGUCGAGCCUUAGUGAAAAUUGGAGUUAGGACAGAGAGAAAGGAAGGUUGGAAGCAUGGCAGGAAAAUCACCGGUGAAAGCAGCGGCCUCCUCGGACACCACCUCCACCCCAAUCCCAAACCCAAACCAGUUCAAACCUCCCCAAAUCUCGACCAAACUCACCACCCCAGCUGCAGUCAAGUCUGAAAUCCCUUCCACUCCCACUCGCAGCAGCCGUCCAUCUUCCAUCGAUGCUGACGUCAUUCACGUCCCCAGCUACUCCCGGUGGUUCUCAUGGGGGAAGAUAGAUUCGUGCGAGCUCCGUUUCCUUCCAGAGUUCUUCGAUGGUCGCUACCCUUCCAAAAGCCCUAUUCUUUACAUGUAUUACCGCAACUCCAUUAUCAAGCAAUUCAGGGAAAAUCCUUCCCGGAAGAUUUUCUUCACUGACGCCCGGAGGACUCUACUGGGCGACGUUGGUUCUGUUCGAAGGGUUUUCGAUUUCCUUGAGCUCUGGGGUCUCAUCAAUUACUCCGCCUCCUCCACUCACCUCAAAGAUGCUGCCCUCACCUCCAAACACUCGUCUACUUGUGGGCGUUUCUGUGGCGCUUGCAGGUCUCUUUGUACCUUCGCUUGCUUCGUUCACGACAAGGGCAACUUUAGGGUUGGUCUUAGCAAUGCUGAUUUCAGUAGGGUAGAGAUCACUAAUGAAGCCAAGGCAGAUUGGUUAGAAAAAGAGACUUCGCUCCUUCUGGAAGCCAUUAUCCAUUAUGGUGAUGACUGGAAAAAGGUUGCACAGCAUGUUGGUGGUAGAACUGACAAGGAUUGCAUCCCUCAUUUCAUUAAGCUUCCUUUUGGAGAGGAAUAUCUUGGUCAUCCAUGCUCUGACAAGGCCGAACCUGGAUUUGAAACCAACAAAAGGAUGCGCCUCACACCUCUUGCUGAUGCAAGCAACCCAAUAAUGGCUCAGGCUGCUUUUCUAUCAGCAUUGGCUGGUGUGAAGGUUGCAGAAGCUGCCACCCUGGCAGCUCUUACCACUUUAUCUGAGGUGGAUGACACCAGAGCUAGCAAAGUGGGUCGUGGAUCUCUUCUAAGAAACACAAGACAAGAAGCAGAUAUUUCAUCUGAUGGUGACACCAACCUAAAUGCAUUGGAAAGAGCAUAUGCAGAUCUGGAUUCACUGCUUGAGAAGGAAGAACAAGACAUUGAAAGGGCAAUCAAUGGAAUUACAGAAGUGCAGAUGAAAGAGAUCCAAGAUAGGAUUCUUCACUUUGAGGAGUUGUAUUUGCAGAUGGAGAAAGAGAGGCAAAAAUUUGAGGGCAUGAAGAAUCUACUUUUUAUUUACCAGCUCAAUCUUUCAUUUGGUAAAAGUUAUGCAAUGAAAACUGAAGAACGAGUGAUGGAGAAAGUAAAAACUGAUUUCAUAAUCAUUGUUUGUAUCCUCUUCUAUUUGCCCCUGCAGGCUAUGGCCAAUAGAGAAUUUCUUGAAUUCAAGGAAAUUGCCUGCCAAUGUUUCUGAAAUACGUAGGCAAAUGUUAGU